AUGCCAUCUGUACUUGAAACAUUUUCUGAUGAGGUUUUUUUUGAAAUCUUUGAUCGUCUAUCACCCAUUGAUUUAUAUCAAACAUUUCAUGGACUUAAUCAUCGUUUCAAUACAAUAUUAAAUGAUUCUCGUAUGCGUUUUCGUGAUAAUAUAUCAUCUUUGACUCUAAGGGAAUUUCAUUCUUAUGUUGAAAAUAUUCUUCCAAAAAUUAUUGAUCGUCUUGUUUCAUUUACAUUUGGAACAUAUGAUACUGAUGAGUAUCAACAAGUUAGUCUUUUCUUACACUCUUAUUCUAUUGAUUUAAGCCUUUUUAAAAAUCUGCGUACAUUAGUGAUUAUUAAAAUAACAAUAUCUGAUAUAUCUAUUAUUCAACUGGCACUUAUUCAUCUCAUUCAUCUUGUUAAUAUACGUUUAUCAGUUGAUAGUAAUGAUGUCGAAAGAUUGUCAGUUGUUAAUAUUGGUAAUAAUUUUUUCAUUAGUCCUCGAUUAAAACAUGUUAAAAUGAAUAUGUGUUCUCGAACAACAUUUAAUAAUGUAAAUAAAAUAUCUAAUAUUAAACAAUUAUCAAUUGUAUGGUGUCAGUUACAAGAAUUAACACAUUUACUUCAAUAUACACCUGAUUUAUAUACUCUUAAAGCAACAAUUUCUGGAUUAAAUGAUACGAAACAAUGGACAGAAAAAAUUUGUGGUUCGUUUACUGAAAAAUAUUCACUUCGUUUAAAUUCUCUUAAAUUAGUUAUUGAUUCAAUUUCAUUUGAUCAUCUUUUAUUAUUUCUUCAUGAAUUAACUCAAUUACGAUCUCUAUGGUUAUUACUUAAUCAUUAUGAGUAUAUGAAUGCUGAGAAAUGGGAAAAUAUUUUUCAAUCAUCUCUAUCUAAAGUUGAUCAAUUGGAUUUAACAAUUGCAUUAAUGAAACCAUUUUCACCUGGACAAUUAUUGAUCUUCUCAACACCACAUGAAGCAUGUAAAAAAUUUAAUACUAAAUUUUGGUUUAAUAGAGGUUGGUGUGCUAAAUUGGAUGAAUAUGAUCAUUGUAUACGAUUAAUUGUAUCAAAUAAUAUGAUGCCUAUUAUAAAAAAAACAAAACGAGAGUAA